ACAGUCAGCUUCUCAUAUAUUUUUCCCUAUACAUUAUUUUUAACUGCCGGGGGGUUGAUUCGGCUUUUGAACACGAUGUGACCCCCAGCUGUCCCGAGUCAGCGAAGGAAUGUACCUUUGACUUACACGUGAACUACAUAAUGACCAUGGUUUCUUAUAAUUGGACCAUUAACGAAGGCAAUCCAGUUCUCUACAAAAAUGGAAUGUUUAUCAGGAAAAGCUCAAAUGAAAAUGAAGAAAUGAUGCAUUCUUGUGACGAAUCACCUAUGUCCUCAGAAGAAAUGAAGGAGGUGAUAACUGCUGAUGGUAACUACAGAUUUAUGUUCGCCAUAAACAACCAGUUUCCCGCACCAACACUCACUGUGUAUGAAAAUCAAAGAGUGAGAAUUCAUGUCCACAAUGACUUAGUGAAUGAAGCUUUGACGCUCCACUGGCAUGGACUAUCUCAAAAUGGCUCUGUUUGGAUGGACGGUGUUUCCAUGGUAACACAAUGUCCGAUACUUCCGGGACAGACGUUUACAUACCUCUUUACAGCCAGUCCCCGAGGAACCCAUUGGUAUCACGCUCAUCACGGGACAAUGAGGUCCUCAGGACUUGCAGGUGCCUUUAUCGUACUUCCUCGAAAAGAAAAGGAGAGAACAGAUAUUCCAAAAACUGACAAAGACGUUGUAUUCAUGUUCCAAGACUGGAGCUUUCCAGAAAGCGACGUGCAGAUGGUCUUGUACGAGGAAUGGUACAUGCAAACUCUACGGUUUGUGAAGAACAUGGAUAAAGACAAGUGUUUAGAAGCCAAGCUUAGCUAUGACGGUUCUCACUCUAGUAUGACGAUGCCUUACACCAACACCCUGGUCAACGGGAAAACUAAGUACUUUUCAAGUGACAGCUCUGAUCAGCAGCGAGCCCUCCCAUUAGAAGUCUUCAACGUCACUUCUGAUAGCUACACACGAUUCCGGCUGAUAAACUCAGCUCUGUCGGGGGAAUACAAAAUCUCCAUUGACAAGCACAAACUUCUGCUGGUAGGCACGGAUGGUGCAGAGAUAGCUCCCGUCUGGGUCGACUUCCUUAUAAUUAAUGGAGGAGAAAGUUAUGACGUCAUUCUGUAUGCAAAUUCUACUCCAGAUAAUUACUGGAUACGAAUAGAAACAACAGACGUCAUGGAUGCCCACUUUAAUCCAGUGAAACCAAACAUAAGCUUUGCGCAGCUCCACUACCAAGAAGCGGACGAUAAAUUACCUGAAUCCGAAGAGAGGGAGUGUUUGAGAGAGGAACCUUGUGUAAUGUCAAACUGUCAUUGGAGUCCAGUUGCAAUGGCUAUAAGAGAACCGAACACCAAGUGUCUGUCAGUGGCGGAUCUAAGGGCUACACAGCGAAGUAUUGAAGAGACACCUGUACCAGAACCCAGCUCACGUGAUGAUUUCCAAGAGAUUUUUCUAAACUUUAAUCCUAUAGGGACUAAAGUGAAGCGUGUUCGUCCUGCAGUAAAUUCAAUUCACUACAAACACCCUCCUGUUCCUCUGCAGAUUUAUCCAGACAUUGUGAAAGACAAGAACAUUGUUUGUGACAACGAACACAUGGACAGCUGUGGGGAAUUCUGCUGUUGUACUCACGUAGUCAAACUGGCUUCCAAGAAAACCACACAAAUUGUCUUACUGGCGGAGGCUGUACUGGGAACUUUUCAUCCAAUUCAUCUCCAUGGAAACCGUUUCCAUGUACUAAAAUAUGGAUAUCCAGUUAUUAACGAAACCACGGGACUAAUGGUAGAAACGAACCAUGACAUAAAGUAUUCACGUGACUACAGUAAGGCAAAAUGGCGGAAUUCGAGCUGGAAAUUUGGUAAUGUUCCGGGUAUAAAUAUUAAGGAUCCGCCCCAGAAAGACACAGUUGUGGUGCCUGGUAAAGGUUACGUUGUUCUACGACUCAAGACGGAAAAUCCAGGAUUCUGGUUUAUCCAUUGUCACAUUGAUAACCACCAGACUAUUGGAAUGGCGGUCGUUCUACAAGUUGGUGAGCCAGAGGAAAUGCCGAAGCCUCCUCCCGGAUUUCCGAAAUGUCCGAACUUCCAAGUUCACACAGACUCCGAGAAAAAUAUGCGACCCGGCAGCAAAUUCCUGCAACUACCAGCAAUUGAUAGUUCAACCAAUAGUGACAAACCUGAGCUAGGAAACAGUUCCGAAGAACACGUCUUUAUUAUAAACUACACCACGUAUACCACCUUGGUGGCGUUCCUGGUGGUGUUCGUCUUCGGGUUCGUCGUUCUGUGUUUGGUGGUGGUCAGCAAACACUGCAACAGGAAAUGUCUGACCUCUAGAUACCUGGGAUACGAUCUGAUUGAAAAUGAAGAUCGCGUUAUAUAUCCUAAGUAA